AUGUGGUGUUCGGGUAACUGUUUCAUACCGUCCUUGGUGUCAGGGGCUUUUGCGGCUCGCAAGCUAAAUACUGUUCUCCAUGCUCCAAUAAUUCUUCAGCACCGGAGUAUGAACUGAGUCGCGACCAGGGUGAGGUAUGCGUCGCUGAUGCACGCACUCUGCAUCUCCACUCUGUGAUCGGUGGGAAGGAAAGAUAAUCAGUCUGACAAAAAGAAGAUCGGAAUGAGAGGUUAAAAUCACAGCAUGGAAUCGUAACUCCAGAAUAAUGUCAGAUUCAAGACAAUAUCAGACGACAUAUUCUGCAUCGGAAGGUGUUUUUUUCUGCGAAGAUUGAAGAUCAUCUUUGCCGAGUUGGGGUGACGAUAUCGAAUAGCAGAAUGUUGCCAGCUCAGGAGGCAGCUAAAAUUUAUCACACUAAUUAUGUGAGGAACUCAAGAGCUAUCGGUGUACUGUGGGCUAUUUUCACCAUUUGUUUUGCAAUAGUGAAUGUGGUGUGCUUCAUCCAGCCUUAUUGGAUCGGGGAUGGCGUGGAUACCCCCCAAGCCGGUUACUUCGGGCUCUUUCAUUACUGCAUCGGGAACGGGCUCUCCCGGGAGUUGACCUGUCGCGGUAGCUUCACUGACUUUGCCACCAUUGCGUCCGGGGCUUUCAAAGCCGCCUCUUUCUUCAUCGCCACGUCCAUGGCGCUCAUCAUGGGCUGCAUCGCAUGCUUCGUUCUCUUCUUCUUCUGUAAUACGGCCACCGUCUACAAAAUCUGCGGAUGGGUGCAACUUACAGCUGCUGGCUGUUUGAUCUUGGGCUGCAUGAUCUUUCCAGAUGGCUGGGAUUCAGAUGAAGUAAAACGCAUGUGUGGGGAAAAAACGGACAAGUACACCCUUGGUGCCUGCUCUGUUCGCUGGGCCUACAUUCUGGCAAUUAUUGGAAUCCUAGAUGCUCUCAUCCUUUCAUUUCUGGCAUUCGUCCUAGGCAACAGGCAAGAUGGUUUACUGCCAGAUGACUUCAAAGUGGAUGCCAAAGAUGAUGGAAAUGCUUAAGAAAGUAAGGCAAUUAAAGAUAACUGCUAAUUUUAUCCACACCAAAUAAAAAAGGAAGCUCAACUGAAGAUCUCAACUAUUCCUGCAAACCGACAAAAUAUGGAGUAAAUUGUUACGUUCAAUACCCAAAUUGUGGAUUUGCAAGUGUGCCAUCAACUUGAGUGCCACACGAGAUCAUAUUUACUUUGUUUUGAGUUAAGAGUCUAGAUUUUGCAGAGAAAGUUCCUUCCAGAAGAGAAUGCAUACCUACCUCCUGAGGUUAAUUCUCUAAGAUGAACAGUUGAGCUGUGCUGUGAAUAUUUUGUACAUGCACAGCAACAAAUUCAACAGGCGAAAGUUUGAGAUCUAGGUUUGUUCUCCUUUCCAGUGAUUGGAUUUUGUAUUGUUACAAUUGUCAAUGUUUUAUGUUGUCUUUAUGUAAACAACUCAAUGGCUUCUAAUAUCACAAAGGGAAUAUUUCACAUCACAUGUCAGUAUGUUAUACAAGUUGCGUAUCUUGGUUUGUCACUUAAUAUUUAUGUAACCACACUGAACUCUAAUAUUGGUCUCUGGCGAUUUGUCUUAUUGAUUUUUGCUUUUAAAUAUACCAACUUAGAGAUCAGCCUACCUCAAUGUAUUGUGAAAAUGUGUAUUACUAGACAUCUUAUCGACGUCUUUGGACAAAUAUUGCAGCUUACUCGACUGAUAAAAGAUUAGUGACUGUUCAAGCUAUAACGGGCAAAUGUAUUACAGAAUUUAAACAUUUGUGGUUUUAUUACAAUACACAUUUGCAAUAAUCACCUUAAUUUUCCAGAAUUAAAUUAACUGGUCUUAAUGUAGCAGCCAUAUUUGCACCUCUAAAAACUUUAUCUAAUUAAGCAAAAUGCUACAGUCAAUAGUUAAUUUAAAGGCAAAGUGCAUAUCAGACUAGCAACACUUCAAGAGAUGUUGUUAUAGUAGAUGGUAGACACUAAAAUUUGUGUUUCUAGUGGUUCAUUGGGGAUUAGCACCAAGAAAUAGUCUACAGGCAUCCACGUGAUAGUAUGCAGGAACAGAAAUAUGUAUCAGACAUUUUGUCUAUGAAAAUUGUUCAGCAAUUCAAAAUACCAUAAUGUGCAAACUUCAGUGACAUUUGGAACAGAUGAACCCGUCAAUGUUUGUUGCAUAACAUUUGGGCUGAUUUUAAGCUUAAAUUCAUUUGUGUAUGUGCCAUUUACCUGUAUGCCUUUACAGUGGCAGCUAUAAAAAUUGCUCUUUCGUC